AUGCAGUGCUGUAAAUACCUGCCUGACAAGAAAGUCGCACUCACACUCCACCUUCUAGAAAACGCCAACAUCAUUUCGAUUCGUACUGACUCCGAGGAAGUGGCCCGCCACAUCCAAGAAAUCAAAACGAUCCAAGCAGAAGACCUCAAGGAGCUCCCCGUGCAAGUGUUUCGCACGUACGGCAAUACGUAUGUCAAGGGGGUCAUUUAUGACCUUUUCCCCUUAGCCCAAGACAGAGACGACCACACUCUAAACAACCAACUAGAAUCAAAUAAGAUCGAGAUCGUUGCCGCGCGCCGGCUUGGCAAGACCAACACGGCAAUUAUCACCUUUGAUGGUAAUCACCUGCCGCGGUCGAUCCUAUACGGGAAUAUUUACAAGCGGGUUUUCUCAUACAAACCUAAAGCGGUGGUGUGCGCCAACUGCCACUGCCUCGGCCAUAAGGAGGACAUCUGCCACAAUUUAGGGGUAUGUACGACGUGUGGCCAGGCGAAACAUGCGAUGGUUCUCGUCCUUGACACUGGAGGGAUGCAAUGCGCUAGAGACACACCCUUCUGUCAGGGAUGCAAGAAAGCUGGACACUUGGCAACCAGCAACAGCUGUCCCAUAAGGAAAGCAACCAACAAGAAGAUGCGAGCAGCGAUUUCGCAAGCAGCAUCAACAGCAAACCCAUCUGCACCCCGGCCCGCGGGAUCGACUGAUUAA